AUGUCCAGAACUGCUGAAUUGGCGGCUGAUGGGGAUGAGGAUGGGAUCACGAAGGAGUCCGUGGCAGAGUCGACCCCGCGCAGCACAACUACAGACGGCGAUCUGCAUUUCGAUUGGACACAGACCUAUGAUGAAGUCGUGGUGGAGUUUCCCAUCGAGGCGCAUGUGAAGUCCCGGGACGUGCGAUGCAAAUUUAACACCCACUCCAUCAGCGUCUCGGUGGGCAGCAAAGAGCUCCUGCAUGGAGACCUGUAUCAAGCUAUGCACCCUGACGACUGUGUCUGGGAGCUGGGUGAGUUGCCGACAGCUUGA